UCAUGGUUGACCUUCAAGCGAAGAGCUGUGAAUGCAAUGAAUUCGACCUGGACGGCAUGCCGUGUUCUCAUGCGAUCGCAGCCAUUACUGAGGCGAAAGAGCCAGUGGAAGAUUACGUGGAAGCUUACUACCUGCGGAGUUCACUGGUUCAAACAUACUCCGGUCCAGUAAAUCACUUGCCUCCCUUAGAGCACUGGGAAAUUCCGUUUGAAGUUGCAACUGAUAUUGUUUUGCCAAACCUUUCUCGUCGACAAGCUGGUCGACCAAGAGAAUCUAGAAUUCCUUCAGCUGGUGAGAGGCCGACUCAAAGGACCACAACAGCGGAUGCAUCAAGUAGUCUGGGAAAACGAGCACCCAAAACCUGUGGUCUAUGUGGCUCGCCUGGCCACACACGUAGAGCAUGCAAGGGUACGGGCUGGGAGCAGUAGUUUAAUUACCUUUUAUAUUAAAUUUCGAUGGAUAUUGAUGUUGGGAGUAUUGGAUACUGAUUGAAUAUUCAGUAGAGCUAGUUCAUUCCAGUAAGUGAUGUUCUGAAGU